AUGUCGAUGCGCCACCUGGGCGCUUUGGAUUUUCGCGGAGUCCGCGAGCGCCGCUCCGGCGCCUUCUUCUCCGAGAUCUGGUUUGGCGAGAAACGCCUCGGUCUCGGCACCUUCGACACCGCAGAGGAUGCGGCCCGCGCGUACGACGCGGCGGCGUGGCGCCUCCGGCGGCCUCGUCGGAAGAUGAAUUUUCCCGACGUGUCGACGAGCCAGCGGGCACAGGAUCUCGCACCUCUCCCGCGGCUUUUCACCGACGAGGAUCGUCGUUGCAAGCUCUCCAUCUCCAUCCCAAUUCCAUUCUUCUCUUGUCGAUCUUUGCUUUCUACUGUGAGGCGUAUGUCGGCGUGA